AUGUCAAAAGAUGUCAUGUUCUUUGGUUUGGAUAUGGCUUUGCUGCAGGAGCAGCGCAAAAAGGAUCCACCCAAGAGGCUUCCUUGGCAUCGAUCACCAGCGAAGGCACUUCUUGAAACUGAUAUUGACAAUGACGUCCACCUUCAAAUUCUACCGAAUGGAAAGAAGAUCAAGCCGGAAGCAAUCUACAAAUCAAGAAGUGAAUACCAAGAACACGAGCUUAAAGUAUUCCGAAACCACAUUUACCAAGAGGUCAAGAGACGUGAGAAACUAAAGAGUAAUGUAAGGUUUGCAAAAAAGAAGCUUCGUGUGGUGCGACCCGUCAUUGCAACCAACCAAGCAAUCGAUUUGAUCGAAAGAGGAGAGAUUGUUGAUAUGGAAGAGGAAAGGAAGAGGCUGACCAAGAAACUUGAGAGUGAAAGACUCGACAACCAAGCAGAGCCACCCGAAACCGCGCCACCUGAAACGGACAAUAGCACAACAAUCAGCACCACUAGUGGCACCUCGAAAACGUCCACAAUGCUGGCAAAGAAGAGGGAAGCAGCUUCUAAAAAGAAAAAGAAAGCAACUCUUUAA